AUGGCAUCUUUCAAGGAAUUGUCUAUGUCGCGUCCUCUCCCCAACCCCAGCCAGCGAUCCCACGCGCACUCCAUCUCCCUCGGUGCGGUCAAUUCACACCACCGUGUCACACGCCGCAAGAGUGUCACUACCGCUGCCGCCAAUGCAGCCGCCGCCGUCGCUGCCUCCAUGGAGGGCGGCGAGUCCACUUCGCUACCCAUGCACCGCCGCAGCCUAGGAGGCCGCAAGGGACUGGAAUCCGGCUCUGUCGGCAACGUGUCAGGUUUCAGCUCAUACCUCUCCCGCAGUAUCAACAGUCCUAGCCAGGAACCGCCGGUCGCCCGCAAGGGCUCCCCUGGGUCGGAAACCGACGCCAAGCUCAAGAACCGGAACCGUCGCGCCAGUGAAGGUGCCAUACUGAAGACCGAGGGGAAGCGUGUCCCGGCAGACCUGCGUUGCGAUCGCUGCGGGAAAGGGUAUAAGCAUGGCAGCUGCUUGUCCAAGCAUAUGUGGGAGCACGACCCAGCAUGGGCCGUUACUUCGAAGCUUCUCAUCUCUAAGCACCAGCAGGUUCAACUGCUGGAAGCCGCCUCCGUAUUGGUCACCAUGAACCACGACGAUCCCCCCGAUGAGGCCGCCGAGUUGGCCGAGCUGGAGUCCGAACUGUCCUCAGGAUCACCGGAUGCCUCGUCAGAAGUGCGGGACGGAAUCAGCUCUGCUGAAACUACGCCACCCCCGAUGGACGAGGAGGAAGACGACGAUUUUGAGAUGUCCGGUGUGCCGGCUCACUGGGCCAAGCGACCCAGCGUCAGCAACGCCUCGGGCUUCUCUCGUUCCUACCAGUCGAUUCCCUCCAGUUCGUACAAUGAAAGCGCGCCGCUGCACUCCCCUGCCUUCUCCCACUUCCGUCACUCGAGCAUCGACACCCGGCCCUCCACCGCCGACACGAGGUUACACGAGGAUGAUGAGGCGGAUCUUGCCGCGGCCAUCGGUCUGUGCAAUUUCGGCACUCCCCGCACGGGGCCCGUUUCUAUGACUCCCGAUGUGCCGCCAGUGCCUCCACUGCCUGCGCGCUAUCUCGACUCGAGCAGCCACCCGAACAACCAAAGCCCCCACUCGGCUCAGCCGCACCCCGCCGAGCAAGCCCGCCGAGAUUCCGAGGCCAACAUCUUCAUUUCUCGAUCACUCAACCCGUCUCUGUCAUACAAGGUUUCGGAUGAGCGUGAGGUCCGUACCACCGGCAAGGAGGCUCAGGAGUCCCGCCAGCGCCGCAAUGCCGAUGUGGACUUUGGCAACCGCUCCGCACCCGCCGACGACGACGACGAUGGAGUCUUUGGCCGCAUGGAAGAGUGA